UAUGGCCUUCUCAAGUUGCUUGCUUUUUUCUUAGUUUGUGUCCCCAAAGUGGUAGGACACUAUCUCUCACAACAAAUAAACCAAAACCAUGUGAAUACCCUACCAUUUCCUAAACCACUUGCCUUAUUUUUCAUUCAUAGCUCUCCUCACUUUUAUUUCCAAAUUUAACAGAUUGAAAAUGUCUACAUCCCUAUAUAUACUCAAGGACUAGAAAUAACAUGUCAUUUCAGAACAGUCCUCCACUUUGAAAAAUAGUACAACAUCCCACCUUUCAUUUUGAUUCAAUUCAAUUUCGACAACAUUCCAAGGUCUUUUGGCUAUUACAAUUUCAUUUUUUUACAUGGGUAUCCGAUCAGCCACCAUAACUCGGGCCAAACAAAAGCUCCAACGCUCCCUAUCACCAGAAAACAGAACUCUCGAUGUUCCAAAAGGCCAUUUUACUGUCUACGUUGGAGAAAACCCUAAGCGUUUCGUCAUCCCAGUAUCUUACUUGAAUCAUUCCUUAGUCCAAGACUUGUUACAUUGGGCUGAAGAAGAGUUCGUAUUCAAUCAACCGAUGGGAGGUUUAACGAUACCCUGCGGUAAAGAUUACUUCAUUAGCCUUACUUCUAUGCUAAAUGCUUCAUAAUUUUUGGUAGUCUCAUCUUUGC